CAAACGGCUGUUCGGUCAGAGGCCGUUGCUAGGCGGCGAACGGCGGUGGUGGUUGCGGCCUGAGCUAGAGCGGCGUCGGCGGCGGCGGCAGAGGCAGUGGUGGGGAUAGUCGACACGUUAGUUAAACGCCGCGGUGAAAUGUUAGGGUGGCUCCGGUGGCGAUAGCAACGCGUGACGCUUGAGGCGGCUGUUCGCGCGCUUUAGAGAUUGACGUAAAACCCUGGCGUGGCUAUUGAAGGAAGCGCCUAUGACCGGGGCGUGCUGGAUGGUGCUACGAUGGCCCCGGACAGCAGAACGAUCCUCGUCGACUUUCCACACUUCAGCGAGGCCGUGGUGCACCGCCUCAACCAGCAGCGGCUCGAGGGCCAGCUGUGCGACCUCACCGUGGGCGUGCAGGGUCGCACAUUCCGAGCUCACCGCGCCGUGCUCGCCGCGAGCUCGCCCUACUUCUGUGAUCAGGUGCUACUAAAAAGCUGCAGUCGCAUCGUACUGCCAGAUGUCAUGAGUGCACGGGCCUUUGAAGGGGUGCUGACAUCCUGUUAUACAGGCCGCCUGAGCCUCCACCCAGACGACAUGGUGGCCUGCCUCACCAUCGCCAGCUUUCUGCAGAUGUGGCACCUGGUCGACAGAUGCACGGAGCUACUGAACAUGGCGCGCGCGACGCAUCGACCUGCCUCUACCUCCUCCUCUUCAAACCGGCGCAAGGGACAGCGUAGUAGUGUGGAGCAGUCUCCCAGUAGUAGCAACUUUAUUGGUGCACCUGAGAAUCCAGAGGUGCAUUCUGCAGCCGUGGGGAAUGGGGAACAAGAAACGAACUAUGCCAAUGAGGAGAAUGAGAGUAAGGAGUGUGAAAUGUCUCUGAGCAAUGAGGCAGAAAAUAUUUCCAGCAACUCCUCUGUGGGACAAGAGAGCACUGAGUAUCCAUUCCAGGAGGAGCUGGAGGAGGUCCGUACAGAUUUCGGUGAAGUGCAAGGAAGGCCUCCACACAUCCCAACCAGUAUUAUUCCACAGCGACAGUGGGUGCAGGUGAAAACAGAAAAAAUCGAACACAAAUUGGGCAGCCCGUAUGUUAAUGAUGCAAAUCUCCACGACGAGAACUGCUUUUCUGAAGAUGGUGUCGUUGAACACCUUCUACGCUCUUCUGAAGUGGAGGAUCCAUUCACAGAGCCGGCACCGGGCUCCCACGAAGAAUUUGAUGAACAGCUCGAGAGGGCCUCAUAUCAUGGUCACUUGAAGGACUACUACGGUGUCAGUUCCCACAUAUAUGACACAGAGGUCCGAAUGAAAGCGCAUGGAGAGAGCCAGUCGACGGUGACAGAAGGUGCAUCGGCCGCCGACAGCUACCAGCAGGGCGGAGGCGAAGCAGAGGCAAGGCCUGAGCAAGCAGGAUCGGCUUGCAAGCUCUACCAGUGCCAGUGCGGUAAGGGCUUCACGCACAGGAGCCAGCGCGACCGCCACAUGAGCAUGCACCUGGGGCUGCGGCCAUACUCCUGCAGUAUCUGCGGUAAGAGCUUCAAGAUGAAGCACCACCUGAGUGGGCACAUGAAGACCCACACUGGGUAUCGGCCCUUCAGCUGCCUGUGUUGUGGCAAGAAAUUCAUGUGGAGAGACAGCUUCACUCGCCACUCCACAAUAUGUGGCCAGGACAGCCAGGCUCAGGCGAACACACCACUUGAUGGACCUUGAGUUUUAUAUAUUGCCAUGUUUUUGUUUGUGUCGAUAUGUAUUUUGUGUGAGUGAAGGACGUUAUAUUUAAAUGGUGCACAAUCAUUGUUGUGGAGCCUGUUGAGCCAGUGUGACAUGCCACGGAUUUGUCAGGCAGGGAAUUUCAGAAGUUUUAUUUAGGAAUAAGAAUGAUUUCCUUUUGAUUUCAAUGUGUAUCCAUAAAUAUGACCUUCCAUUCAAAAUGUUUCUGAAAAUUGCAACCAUGUUUGUGAUUUCUAGAAAGAUGUAGUUAUUUUUAUAUUAUUUUGUCCCCAAUGUGUUCUGUUGUAAUAUAUAUUCGUUGUACAUUUUUUAAUGUUAAGAUUCAAAUAUUUUUAGGAUAAAACCACAUUCUACACUAACCGGCGAUGCUGUAUUGUGACGCACAUGUAAAUUAGUAUUCAUACUUAUUUUUUGAGAUGUGCCAAUUAAACAUAUGAACGAGUUUCUUAGACUGGCAGUCCAGAUAUUUGUUUGAGGCGCAACAUCACCAGCAGUUGUUGGUUAAUCAUAUCAUUUAGCUGUAUUCAUUACUGUGUUACAAAGCCUGGAUUACAUAAACAUCCAAUUGUACUUUUUGAUGGCGUUAUAAAACUACAGUAUGCUGCUAUGUUUCUCGUAUUUUGAAGAAUACUGCACUACAGUAUAAAGAAUAACAUUUCACAUUGACCAUAAUUAGUACGAAUAUAAAUAAUAAAACGGAUUACGAUAUUAAAUAUUUUAUUCUGUUACUAAUGGACAUUUCCUUCAAAUUCAAAGGCAGUAUUGUCACAUGUAUGUAUAAAUAAAUGUACAUAUCCUGCAUACAUGUCCAGUAUAUAUAACGGUGGUUGUGAACUGGCUUUUAAUAUUCUAGACUUAAAAAAAUACCCCAAUGCAUCAGCAUAAAUGAUGUACUGUAUGCAAAAUGUAUAUUAUUGAGGUUGCCCAAUGAGAGCACUAUACGGUAUACUGAAGUCGGUUUGGUGUUUGCUUUAUAUAACCCGUUCUGAUUUAUCACAUGUAUACAGAAAUGUAGGCACUGUAUACACAGUACAGUGCAUGUUUUGCCACUUAUGGGUUUGCAAGUUUGGCUAAAUGUGUGAUGUAAUCGGAAAAUAAUUCAACUGUCCUAAAUGUACUGUACUAUUUAGUGGUACAGAAUAUUUGUGGAGUAUUUAACGCUAUAGUACAUUUAUGUACAGUACAUGCGUUAAUAAUUUAGUCUUAUCCAGACGAGAAGCCCUCUCCAUCAUGCCAUGUAUGUUGUGUUUUUACUAUAAUUCACCACACUGGUUAAUGUGGGUAGGACCAUUCAGAUAUUGCUGUACUUGCCACGUUUGUUAGCUAUGGCUGGGAAUCAAUCUCAGGUUGCUCAGUUCAUGGGCCAGUGCAUAGACCACUGCACCACUGCUCUCACAAAACAGAAGCUGCCAUUUGCCACGAAGUGGUGAUGGCAUUACGACGGUGCAGGUGCCAGGCUAGGUGCGCUUUGAGGCCACAUUAAGCGUGGAAGGCUCGUUAGCAGGUCAUGGGGAAGACCCAGGUGUUGAGUUAAGAUGACUGGCAGAUACCAUCUGUGCUCCCCGACGUACAAGUCUGCUGUUUUAACCACCCGGUUCUCCGCUCGUCAUGAACAUCGUUCGUCUGCCCUCCGUUGUUGGAGGGCGACUGCCUCGCCAACGACCCAGUAGCAUCCUUCACGAGCCUCCUCCAAAGAGGCAAAGUUUGACACCGCUAGGACCAGUCGUCGGCAAGUCCAAGUAAAAUCACCUCCACAUGUUGUAACGCAUCUCUCCUCCAGCUUGUGCUGCGCCCAUUUGGCGCCCUCUAUCUGGCCAAACAGACGCUGGGCUGGGCAUGACAAUUUACACACUACCACAUAGGCAACAGCAGUCGGACACAAGAAAAUACGCUCACAAAAAUUACAAGUGGCAUAUAGAUAAUCUGUAUCCUGGUUAAGUGGGACCUUAUUGUGAUGAGAAGAAAUUACAAACUGGCAGCGGUAUUGUCCUGUUUGUGCUGCAAAGUGCAAUUAAGAUGGUAUAAAAUGUAUAGUGAUUGGAAAUUGCUUUGGUUAAUAAGGUGGAGUAUUUUUUUAAAGCACUAUUUAAACCACAGCAAGAUAAAAAAGUAGAUAAAAAGCAAUACAGUAAAGUUGCUUCAUGAUUCCUUUUUUAAAUCACGAGUUUGUUCACGUUUUCUUUAGGCCAAAUAAAAUGUUAAAUGUGUAUUUAUAUUAUAGUUAGAGAUGUAUUGUGGUGAUAUACUUUAAAAUGUGAACUUUUUUGUAAAAUGUUUAGCAUGUGUUUUUUCAUGUUGCAAACCUAACAUGGCCUUGUUAAUUUGAAAUUGAAGUGCAUUACUGUCAAAAGGGCUGUUUACAUGACACAAACACUGAUUUAUAAGCUUGUUAGAAAUGAAUAUGUAAUGUUCAUUCCAUUCUCAAGCUAAAGUAGUAAGUAGCAAUCAAUACCAAUUUUGAAUUAUGAUCAUUAAUAAGCAUUGAUAUCCUGCACUAGUGAAAAUUCAUUGGGCCUGCAAAAGUUCAUACCGCUCAGAAAUAGGCAAUUCAGUUUAUUCAGUUACCAAUUCGGUAUGAAUUCGAAUAAUUUUCUGUUUCUGCUGCAUUUUAAUCUAAGACCUUGACAGUAGUUUUCAAUACUGUACCUCAGUCAAAUAUUACUGCCCUUUGGUGAUGCUAGAAAUCCAGCGUCUUGUUCAAUUUUCAAUUAAUUGUGGUAGUCUUAUAAGAACAUAUUUAGUAUGUGGCCAGGAAGUCUGCUUUAUACCAUGUUAUAAUUACCUGACUACAGAUUCACAAUUCUUAACACCUUUACAGAAAGGUCAAUUGCACUUUCAUGCUUUGAAUGUGGAAAGUAGCAUUUGCAGAAACCCAACCAGGUUGGACAUAGUUUUUUUCUAAUUUGCAAAUUCUAUCUUGUAAAUUAUGCAUAUUGUUGCUGUUGUCUAUUUGAAUACUUUACAUCAGAUUUUUUAAAGUUCUCAAUCCCUGGAAUACCAACUACUUUUCAGUCCUAUAUUUGGACAAUAACAUUGCUGCUUAUCAAGCAGAUUAGACACAUUCCAAACACCAUUUCUCGUCAUAUUAGUGAAACUUUAUGGUGUAGUGCUUUGUUGAAUGUGUUUUUAGUUCUUAUUGUAUUAUAUUUCUACGGUGUUAAAAUACAGGAGAGUCAAAAUACUGUAAUGUUUUAUUUAUUUAGCAAAGAAUGUCCUUCCCAUAAAUUCACUAAAAUGUGAUCUAAAAAUAAAGUUUACAAAAACC